GGGGAACCAUCUGUGAAGGACCUUGCACACCAAUCUGAGGAAUGUGACCUUCAGCCUAGAGCAGAGGCGGCAAACUUAAAAUCCCACAGAGAUCAGCUUUGCACGCUCCCCAGCACAGGAGUCUGCACAGCCGGAGUGGGGCUGGAAAGAAAAACCGUCCUGGGGCUGGACCCAGCGCCCGCUCUAGGGCAUGAAUCUCCCCAGACCCGCCGGCCGCUCCCCAGAAAUGACCACUUGCCUGUCAAAGCCCGGCCGUGCUCCGUGCUUCACUUGCAGGGGAGACAGGUAGCGCGGGACAGCCUGCCCAGAAGGGGCCUCCGGGAGUCUCUCAUCUCCUGGCUGAAGUCCAAGGUUGCCUAGGGGUGGCUGCGUCCACCCACAUGUGCAGUCGGGACCCGCGGCAGCCGGGGGUGAAGGAGUCAGAAAACCAGCGGCCGGGUGAGUGGGUGGCACUCAGGGGGGCAUCUGUGUCUUUGCUGGGGGGAGGUUCCCGGGGCCACCCGGCCCGUCCUCUGUCCGCCAUGGACAACGGGUCGUGCUGCCUCAUCGAGGGGAGCCCCAUCUCUCAGGUGAUGCCGCCACUGCUGAUCCUGGCCUUCGUGCUCGGCGCGCUGGGCAACGGUGUCGCCCUGUGUGGUUUCUGCUUUCACAUGAAGACCUGGAAGCCGAGCACCAUUUACCUUUUCAACUUGGCCGUGGCCGACUUCCUUCUCAUGGUCUGCCUGCCCUUCCGGACGGACUACUACUGGAGACACAGGCAGUGGGCCUUCGAGGACAUCCCGUGUCGGGUGGCCCUCUUCAUGCUGGCCAUGAACAGGGCGGGGAGCAUCCUCUUCCUCACGGUGGUGGCCGUGGACAGGUACUUCAAAGUGGUCCACCCUCACCACGCGGUGAACGCCAUCUCCAACCGGACCGCAGCUGGCAUCGUCUGUGCCCUUUGGGCCAUGGUCAUCCUGGGGACUGUCCAUCUUUUGAUGGAGAACCAUCUGUGUGUGGACGAGAAGACCAUAUCCUGCGAGAGCUUCAUCAUGGAGUCGGCCAACGGCUGGCACGACAUCAUGUUCCAGCUGGAGUUUUUCCUGCCCCUCGCCAUCAUCCUCUUUUGCUCCUUCAAGAUCGUUUGGAGCCUGAGGCAGAGGCGGCAGCUGGCCAGGCAGACCCGGAUGAAGAAGGCCACCCGGUUCAUCAUGGUGGUGGCUGUUGUGUUUGUCACGUGUUACCUGCCCAGCGUGUCGGCCAGACUCUACUUCCUCUGGACGGUGCCCUCGAGCGCUUGUGACCCCUCGGUCCACGUAGCCCUCCACGUCACCCUCAGCUUCACCUACAUGAACAGCAUGCUGGACCCCCUGGUGUAUUAUUUUUCGAGUCCCUCGUUCCCCAAGUUCUACACCAAGCUCAAAAUCCGCAGCUUGAGACCCAAGAGGCCAGGACGCUCCGAGACCCAGAGCCCGGAGGAGAUGCCAAUUUCAAGCCUCUGUCGCAAGAAUUGUGUCAGCGUGGCCAACAGCGUCCAGAGCCAGUCCAACGGGCAGUAAGAUCUCCAAAUGUGCAGGCUGGCCCUGAAACAGGCAGACAGACAAAACGAGGGAGGACAGACCGAUGACCUAGAAAGAGUUUGUGCUAAGGGGCUGAGGAGGCUUUUGAAAAUACCGCCCGCCCUUAGCUGUAGCCUCUUGCUCUGUCUAGAAACGGAAUGCAGGUUACUAUGCCUUUUUGGAAGGUUCCAACUGAGGAGUGAGUCAGUUGCCUUUCUAUGACCCGACUGCAAUGACGCGACAAGAUGGGCUUGAAAUGGGGCAUGUGUGUAUCGGGUGGGGUGAUGGGAAGAGCUGGGCUCCUGUGUGGUUUGAAACGGCCGAGUAAACAGCAUCAGCGUGGAAACCAGUCAUGUUCUCUCUCUAGGGGAGUCGGGGAACUUAAUGACUUAGCGGUAUUUCCUAUCCUCUGACCUUAUGUCGUUACUCGUUUUAGAAAGCAGACACCAGAGUAAGUCAAUAUUUCAGGCUGAGUGAGGCUCAUUAGAGGGGACUGUCAUCCUCACAGGGGCCCUGGGUAGGAUUCUGAUUUCUGGGUAGCCCGGGAAGAUCUGCUCUGGCCUUCUCAGAGCUCCACAUUUUUCUGCAAGUCUUUGCAUUUCAAAGAAGGUCCUGGGGGCUGUGUUUAUCUGCCCUCAUUCUUCCGGUGGGGGGUGAGUGGGUGGGUAGCUGAGUGCUUGGAAAAAGUCCCGUUGGCCUUUGGGAAGUGCUGAGUUCAGUGUGAUUGUUUUGGCCACUUGUGACACGACUGUGAGUUGAGAUUACUUAUUCAUUCAUUCUCCAAGUGUCUGCUGAACGCACAUUCUGUGCUGAGCACCUGCUAGUAUCCCUUUUACCUGGGGGGUCCUUAGUCAAUUUCUGUGUGACCGCUAAGUAUUCGGGGGGA